AUGGAGAUGGUCCAGGGUUAUUCAGGGUCAGGGGAACACAGUAGGCAAUGGCUGUAUGCGAGCUCAAGAUGCCCUUUGUCACCACCCUGUAGAGUGACUCCCAUGUUCUUAUCUCUGCACAUGCUGAGCUUCCUGGGGACACUCAUUCCCCCACAGCACUCAUAUUUUAUUGGCUGUUUUCUCGUUAUGGUCCAUUUGCAUUCAUCUCAAAGUCAGAUAUCACGGGACUAUAUUCCCUUGAGCAUGGCUGGGAAGCCUUUCAUCUCUCUGGAGGGCCCAGAACAGAGGACAACCACUGCAAAGCCAGUGACUUUCACCUGCACCGCUGGCCUUUUCAGCUCCAGGAACCUCAGUGUCAACUGGCGGAAGGACAAUAAUAAACAUCCAGCUUCAGCUCCAGAACUGGUGCCUAUCAGCAAAGAUGUUUACUAUGUCACAAGCAAGCUAUCAGUGGCAUUGGCCAAACAUGAUAUCUUUUCUCAGAUCACCUGUGAAGUCACCCAUGAGGACCUCGAUGAGCCCCUAACAAUGACCAUCAAUCUUUCCCACGUGAUCCUAGUUAUCCCUACACUGAAGAUCACCACGGAGCCCCCGCAGAUCCAAGAUCAUGCGCAUCAAAGAGUGAACCUGACUUGCCAUGUAAACCACUUCUACCCCCCAGUCGGGCAGCUUCUCUGGAUUAAGAAUAAGUACAAGAUCCUGACUCUCAAGCUCUCUCAGGCCACAAAAAACUCCGAUGGGACAUACUCUCUAAAGCACACAUUGCAAGAAGGUGCCAUAUCGGAUGAGAGCAUCUUUAUCUGCAUGGUGAUCCAGCUGUCCCUUCCCAAGCAUCCCCAGAUCCCUGUCCUCAGCACCAGACUCCUGUGCCCAUCUCCUCACACCCUGCUCUAUCUGGUUAGAGCCCUCAGAGCUCUCCCUCCAUGUCACCUACAGAGCACCAAGCGCUCAUCACCCACAGAGCAGGCACUGCAUAGCAGUGGUCCUGCUUCCCCAGCUCACAAUAUGAGAGUGGGCAGGCAGCAGACAGAGGAAGAUGGGAAACCUUUCAUCUCACUGAGUGGCCCAGAUGAGAGGAAAAAGGCAGACACUUUAGAUUUAGUUCCUUUUAACUGCACCGCUGGCCCUUUCAGCUCCAGGAACCUCAGUUUUAACUGGCUGAAGAACAAUAAUGAACUCCCAGCCUCAGCCCCAGAACUGGUGCCCGUCAGCAAUGACUCUUUCUACGUCACAAGCAAGGCGUGGAUACAACUGACCAAACAAGAUAUCUUGUCUCAGAUCACCUGUGAAGUCACCCAUGAGGACCUCGAUGAGCCCCUAACAAUGACCAUCAAUCUUUCCCACGUGAUCCUAGUUGUCCCCACAGUGAAGAUCACCAAGGAGCCCCCAGAGAUCCAUGAAGCUGCGCAUCAAAGAGUACACUUGACUUGUCAUGUGAAUCACUUCUACCCCCCAAUCAGACAACUCACCUGGACUAAGAAUAAUAACAAGAUCCUUACUGUUGAGUACCUGCAGACCACCAGAAAUUCCGAUGGGACAUACUCUCUAAAGCACACAUUGCAGGAAGAUGCCACAUCGGAUGAGAGCACCUUUAGCUGCUGGGUAUUCCAGUCUGACCAGCCUCCGCUGUGGAUGAUCAUCACCCUUGGAGCACAGCACCCCACUAAGGGCAGAGGAAGGAAAGACUACGCUAAUCACCUUGAAGGCCCCCUGCAGCGGUAUUCACCAGGAACAAGCAUCCAGCUGAAGUACACGUCCUCUGAGUUACCAACACGUCAGGUUACUGUGACCUGGCUCAAAAACAACCAUAGCCUUCUCCAAACCCAGACCAAUGUCUUAUCCAGUGGAGAUGGCUAUAAUGUGACUAGCAGUGUGCUUGUCCCACUGGAGAGUGACGACAUCCUCUCCUCAGUUCUCUGCCGGGUUGAGCACAAAUCGUCAGUGGUUUUCCAGAAGGUCGUCACCCUGGACCAGUACCUCCGUGUUCCUCCUACAGUGAGAGUGUCCCAGUCUUCCACUCUCUCCAAUCUGGUGACUGUUACUUGCCAUGUGCAGAGAUUCUAUCCACAGAAUGUGUAUCUCACCUGGCUAGUGGAUUGCCGUGUGCUCAAGAGACUGGAGCAACCUACACCCAAGAGGAAUAAGGAUGGGUCCUACACCCUGGAAAUCUUGCAAUCGAUAAACACAUCAAUGCAGAGGCCUGAUCAAGUACUCACUUGCAAGGUAGAACACGAGGCACAACCUCCCAUCCAGGCCAGCAUUAUAUUUUCUACACCAUCCUAUAUCACGUCCAAAGCCGUUGGGAGCCUAAGUUCAGAAAAAUCUAUCCAUAUUUUUGUGGCUUUCCUCCUAUGCUUCAAGUUACUUCUGGUGGAACUCAAAUGGAGAGAAGAUGCAAGGACCUGUUGA